AUGUCGCUAUCUUCGACAGGUCAGUACUCUUAUGCUGUACGUACUGAGAAAGGAGUUCGCUAUCUCAGUAACGAGGAUGAGAUCAAAGACUUGGUCCGAAAAUCAAUUCAGCGCGCGAAGAAAACGUCCUGCUUACUGUCACCGGAACGUGUAAGUCUUCCAGAUAGUCCGGGGAAAAGGAGUGUUCUUUCCUCACUAGAUAGAGUCGAAACACAAAGGCGGGCAUCAGAGUCUUGUCCACGUGAAAACCUGAUGGCGCCGGGAAUGAAUUCUGAUGGAGAUAAAUCAGAGACUGCUAGUCGCAUCCAACCUCCAUCAUCCCCGCUAUCACCUUCGUACGUGGUAAAGACCGAGUCUGGUGACCAGAUCAUGAUGUCAAAGGAACAAAUGAAUCGAUACGUUAGAUCUUCCAUUCAAAGAGCCAAGGAAAGCGCCGCUACGCAGCAGAAGAAGACAAUGUCAAAAAAGAAUUCUGUCUGGCCGAAAGUUCGAUGUUCCAACACGUCGGACUCACCCAAAACAACGAAUCACUUUUCCUUUUCUGAUUAUGGAGAACUAGCUUUGGAUGAUCGGAGUACACCAGCAUCUUGUCCUCCGAUGAAACCGGCGAAAAUCAUUCCCAAGAACUCGUGUUCACCAUUCACUGCCAAUGAAGCACUCAUUUCACCAUUUACUAGCAGCAAAUCAUUUGUUAGCAAGACUCAGCAGCUGGAGGUUUCUCGUCCAUUCUUUACUCCGCCCGAUGACAGACACAAUAGACAAGAGCAUAGCGAAAAGUACGAUAAAAGGCAACGCCAUUCUCUGAUGGAAGAUGAAUCCAGCAGCACGUUAUGGGUCAAUCCUCUCCCUCGAUUCUCGUGGUCUUCCUUAGACAAUAGCCAGGAAGGGGAGGAAGAAUGCUCACUUGCUUCACCUAUGAUCGAAUCCAAGCUACCGAUUGUUAUUGGUGAAUCAAAGUCGAAUUUGCACCAUUCAUGUGUCAACUCAGCUAAAGCAACAAAGAGUGGUAUAGAAAUCGGCGGCGAAAAGAAGUGCAGUGCAUUGAACAAUGCUUCAAAUUCUCAAGAUCCAAUUUACCAAGCAAAUAACAGGAUAAUGAAUUCUGAUAUUGAGCGGAAAAUUUCAGCGAAGAUAACCAUAAUAAAAGAUGGCUUGUUUUCGGACGUCCUGUUGCAGGCACAGGAGGGUGAUGUGUCGACAGAAACCGCUUCUGCGAGCAGCCUGACGUCCAAAAGCUCGCGCAACAAGCUUAUGAGAGACCGAUACACUUUGAAAGUAGCUGAGGAUCCUGAAGUUGCCAACAUGACACUCGAAUCUACGAACGGAAACUCCAGCCCAAUUCCAUCGAACCUUGCAAAUGAGAUGAAAUUAAAUUCGGCUGGAAAGGCGGCGUCACCGAGUUCUCGUAGUCCAGAUCCCAAAGCAAUGCAGUCACCAAGUUUGCCAAAUUCUAUCGAAGAUAAAUCUAAGGCUGAGAGUGGCCGCGCAUCAACAUCACCUCGAAAACUUCGACUCCAAGCGAUGAUGGCCGCUCGACGGGCAGCUCUUUGUAAAUCUCCUCCAAAAGAGAAAAUCGAUGUGAACACCAAGUCUGAAGAAUUCACUUUAUGCGAUAGCAAAAAUGCUAUACCUGGUUGUUCAACCUCUCCUAUUUACGUGACGGAAGUCGAUCUUAUCAAUAGUCACACACAAUCCCGACAACGCAGGAGCCAGAUAAAUGUUACAAAAAUUUCGACACAGCCGGAAAGGUCCGCAACACACAAUCACUUGCCUGAGCAACUGCCUACCCUCCUUUUACUGAAAGAUGAAAAGAAUUCAAGUGAAUACUUGACCAUGUCGAGUCACGCAAGUAAGGAUGAACAGAUAAAGGAUCCAGUAAUUGACCGUUCUUCUUAUUCCAAUGAAAUCACGCCACCUACGACUUCGGAUUUAGGUAAAUACCAUCAGCUGGUACACACAUCAUCUGAUAAAAAGAAACAUUCGACUCAGCCAUGCGCUGAAAACGCAGAAUUUACAAUGGAAGAGUGCGAUGUCGAUCACUCGCCGCUUCCAAUGAGAAUACGGGAAGACCUGGACUCACCUUCGAACGGCAGUAAGGUGGACAAGCCCGAUCAAUCCGACGAGAAAGAAGAUCAGAAAACCCUUCCCUCUAUUCCUGUAGAUGAAAUUGCGGCAACAUCAACACAAAUGACGACUGAGAGCAGACCGGUCGAUUGGCAUACCAAAGACGACCGACCGUUCGUUGAGAAUGAAGGAAAGACAGAAAGUGCUAGAUCUCACUCACCGGACGUGUUCGACGGUUUACUGUUAACAAGCAGUGACGACAAUGUAAAUUCAAUUCCAACACAACUUCAAUCCCUAGAUUCCAAAUUGCCGCCGAAAGGAGUGCCGGCAUUAAUCCAAGAAACGGAUUGUGAAUCGAUGCCAACCAUUGCCGAGCCAAAUGAAUUCGAAAUCGGACACAGAAAACUGGACAAGGUUGAAGCUUCCGUAGUUUUACAUUUCACUGAUGCAAACGAAAAGAGUCAGGUGAUUGCGCCUCGAGAAAGUAGUGUCCUUCCGAUAUCGAAUGGCGAAAACGAAACCUCAAUGGAGCAACCAUCCGGACUUAUGGAGCAUAGCAAUUCCAUCACAAAGCCUUGUGCAGUCUUGAAGCCCGUCGAUGUGGCUAUAGUCAGUAGUCCAUGCGUAGAGAGCUCUAGUCGGCAAACUGUUGCGACAACUAUUGAAGACCAGAGUGGCCCUUGGACUCGGACCGAUUUCGGCAAUAGGCCCCAGUCGGAGCAGCCUACGACACCAAAGUGGUCACACAACCGGCAACGAACUGUUGUUGGAGAAAAGUGCGACACUAGAUACAAAGAUUUAAGUCCGGACAUUGACAUCUCGCUAACGCUGAGUGAUGGGGGUCUCGCCGAGGCAGCAAAAGUGGAAAUGAUGCGAAGCCGACCUGCCUCUGGCUCUGUUUCCAUAGCAAACUCUCCGUUUGCGCAGAGCGAUGAUGAGUCUCUAGAGGCUAAUCAAGACAGGCGUAUUUCCCACACGCCGAAGCGAAAACGCGCAAUUAAGCGGCAUUUACCCCUUCAUCACACGACUUUCAGACACUCAGUUCAGGUUGAUUCUCCAGCGCAAACUCUUCGCCGGAGCAAUCGUUGUCGAAACGCUGGUAGGUCGUCUCGAAAGAUUAAGAAGUACGCCAAACCUCGCCAUGACGAAGGCGAUGACCCAUCGGAAGUGAUUGUAACCGAUGAGCUAUUGUUAGCAAUCGCUGCAUGGAAAGGAGUCAAACUUACUGCAGGCGAUUUUAAUAAGAUUCUUGAAUCCCAAUCGGUUAGCGGCUCUGUUGCCACAAGGGAGACUAUCAACCGCACCAAAGGUCAUUCAGUUUCAUUUUCUCCUCACGCCAUUGCGGCAUCUAAAAUGCAGAUUUCGAGCCAGCAUGAUGAAAAGGAUCGGCGUUCCAAGUUCUGUGUAGAUUUCAUGGAUAUCUUGGAUCUGGGUCCGGAUGAGUUGACCGACGAAGCAGGUAGUUUUGUGGAUGAUGAGUCAUCGAAACUGUUCUCGAGAUCGAAUCUAGCUUGUUCUAUGGUCUUGGAAAACACAACAAACUCUAGCUUCGAAGAGACCGACGAAGACAGCAGAAUAAGUUUCAAGGAGAAGAACAUAUUCGACUCACUAGCCGACAAAUUAAAUACUAUAAUGGAGGGCAGAGACAGCGAAUCGGACAUGGAACGAUCAAAAGAAUUUAAUCUACGAUCCUUUUCAUUCUCAAGAGGAGAUCAAAGUGACACAGAAGACCACACAAGUCGAUCUUUCAGUGAAGCUGAGGAAAUCAGGCAGGGUUGGUUCAAAAUGGGAUGA